CAUGAAGUCCAUGCUGAGGGUCUUGGCUCGAAACGGGGAGGGGCGAGGCAUAUGAAGUUUGGAGGUGGUGAGGGGAAGGGGAAGGGGAAGGGAGAGGGGGAGGGGGAGGGGGUGCAGGAGGACUUGUGUUUGUUGAAGGCGGUUGUUGGAAUUGAUGAGAAGAUUUUGAAGAUGCGACGGAAAUUGGGUGAGGUGUUUUACUCCCGCAAACUCCAUAACGAACUCGGUAUCAAAGAAGGCGACAUGGUCAUUCCUCCCCUCCCUCCCACCGACACGGGGGAUUUGGGGUUGAAUCUCCCGCCUGCGGCACAGGAGGUGAUGAAGAAUGGGGGUGAUAGGGGAAGAGUGAGGAAAGGGAAUGAUGUCAAGUAUUUGGCGGAUUAUCAUUCGAGUUCGGCAAGUGAGGGGGAGGAUCCAAGGACUGCGCAUCGACAUGAUCCUAUCGUCGUUACGGAGGUUGUGGGCUCGAGGGCACCGACCACCACCACGGCUCCGAUGUCGCCGAGGAAGAAGGCACCAACCGCGGUGACGUACAUCAACUCUUCCUCCGGCGACGAAUCCGAAAACGGGUCCCCUAACAAGGCACCAACGGCGGUGACAGCGGAAGACAGUUUUACGGAUUCGAGGACGAAGAGUGUCGGGAUCAAUAAGGAUGCGAAGAGGAAGUAUUGGGCUACGAAGGGUGGGGGAAUGAGUGUGCCGACUGCGUUGGUGAAGGAGGGGAGUGGGAGUGGGGUUGUUGAUGUUAGUUCGGAUGAUGAGUAAGAAUGGACCUUCGAAGUAUGUUGGUUUUGAGACGGGAUAUACGAAGAGGGGCAAAGAGGAGAUGGAGAGGUUGUAGAAGGAUGUUCUACUGGUAUAUUUCUGGCGUUUUGGAAGGAUAUUGAGAGCUCGCAUAGCAUGGUAUAGCCCCUGU